GAGGCCUGGGAACCUCUUAAAAAAAAUUGGAAUGGCUGGAAGAACAGUGGUUCCAGAGGUCCAUGUCUCUGUUGCGGACAGAAUGGGCACUUCGCUAGAGACUGCCUCAACCCCUUUCCAAGAGACAACAAUAGGAAUAUCGCCACUGAAGCUAAUGCUACUCCCUCGGCCAAAAUACCAAUCGACCACCCCCCAACAAAACGAUGCCCCAAUAACAAUGAUAUUCAGAAUGCAAUGCAAACCCUCCUUAAUCUUGUAGGGGCAAACUCUCAGGAGAAUGAGUCACAAGCUUUCCCGAACCUUCACGACAAGGAUACUUUGUACAAUAUCGGAGAAGAACGAGAAUAA